AUGGCUCAACCUAUCCAAUUGACGGCUCCUAACCAGGUCUCUUAUUUACAACCUACUGGACUGUUCAUUAACAAUGAAUUCGUUCCCUCUAUCUCCGGCCAGACUCUCUCAACUGUCAACCCUUACGACGAAUCCGUGAUCGCCAGCGGCGCAUCUGCUGGCCCAGAAGAUAUCGACCUCGCUGUAGCCUCUGCCAGAAAUGCAUUCAAGUCAGAAGAAUGGCAAUCACUGGCCGGAUAUGACCGAGGUCUCCUAUUGACUCGCCUCGCAGACCUCUGCGACCGCGACAAGCACAUUCUCGCCACAAUCGACGCAUGGGAUAACGGCAAGCCAUAUGAGCAAGCCUUGGGUGAAGAUCUUGCCGAGGUUAUCUCUGUCUUCCGUUAUUACGGCGGCUGGGCAGACAAAAUCCACGGCCAAACCAUCCCGACCAGCGAGGCUAAGUUGGCCUAUACUAGACAUGAGCCUAUUGGAGUGUGUGGGCAGAUUAUUCCUUGGAACUAUCCCGUUAUGAUGGCGGCAUGGAAACUUGGACCUGCUCUCGCGUGCGGAAGCCGGCUUCCCGCUGGAGUGGUAAACGUUAUCAAUGGUCUCGGUGCCACUGCCGGUGCCGCCAUGGCAUCGCACCUGGACGUGGAUAAGAUCGCCUUUACCGGCAGCACUAACACCGGAAAGGCCAUUAUGAAAGCGGCCGCUUCGAACCUGAAGACUAUUACACUCGAGACAGGCGGCAAGAGCCCCUUGAUCGUCUUCGAGGACGCCAACCUCGACCAGGCAGUGAAGUGGUCGCACGUCGGUAUCAUGAGCAAUAUGGGUCAGAUUUGCACAUCCACCUCGCGCAUCUAUGUGCAGGAGAGCAUCUACGAGACUUUCGUCGAGAAAUUUAAGCAGUACACUAUUGAGAACUCUAUUGUCGGCAGCCAAUUUGAUCCCCAAGUGAACCACGGACCUCAAGUGUCCGCUGCGCAGAAAAGCCGCAUUCUGGGGUAUCUUGAGACUGCCAAGCGUGAAGGCGCACAGCUUGUUCUUGGAGAUGAUCAGCCUUCCCCGGAUGCCAAGGGUUAUUUCGUCAAGCCCAUUAUCUUCAAGGAUACGAAUCGCGAUAUGACUCCCGUCCGUGAGGAGGUGUUUGGUCCCUUCGUCGUUAUCCAGUCUUUCAAGGACCAGAAGGAUGCGGUUGAGAAGGCUAACGAUACUGAGUAUGGACUCGGCGCCGCUUUGUUUACCGAGAACAUUACCCGUGCUCACAAGGUCGCUGCCUCUAUUCAGGCUGGCAUGGUUUGGAUUAACAGCAGUCAAGACUCCCAUUUCGCUAUUCCGUUCGGUGGAUACAAGCAGAGUGGUAUUGGGAGGGAAUUGGGUGAAUAUGCCCUUUCGGCCUACACUCAAGUGAAGGCGGUUCAUGUAAACUUGGGGACUUGGCUUUGA